AUGAGUUCCACCGCGUUCAAGGGCAGUCCGCGGCGGAAAAUCUCCGUCACCGUGCGUGCUGCCUCCGACAAUGUGUUGAAGUUCACCAUGGCAACCACCUCAUUCUCCGGCUGCACCGCCACUUUCAAAGUGGCCUCGACAAUGAUGCCCAAAGUGCCCUCGCUGCCCACAAACAGCCCCGUGAGGUUCUCCUGCCACCCGAUCCCGGGCUCCACCACCACGUCCAGGUCGUCCUCGUGCAGUUCCACCACCUUGCUCAUGCGGCUGACGUCGAUGCACACCCCACGCCUAGUUGGGAUGAAAUGGCCCUCGAUCGAGGUUCCGCCAGAGUACGGAAUCAUGGGGAUCUUGUAUUUGGAGCAGAUUUUCACCACGGCAACCACCUCGUCCACAGACUCCGGGAACACAACAAGGUCGGGCCGCUCGUGCUCGGACGGCUUGUGGAAAUUCGAUGAGUUGUCCGAAUGGACGCUUCUUUCACCGUCCGAGGAAGAAGUUUGGUCUGGCCGUAGCAGCCGGCCAAUUUCCCCGACCGCCACCUCUAGAUCACCCCCACUCACAUACACAGGUGACCGGGACAGAUCCUGCAGCGCGGUGGUGGCCCCCUUGGGGAAUACGUCCGGUGGUGGAUACUUUCUCAAGUACUCGUAA